GUGAUUGCAGUGGACUGGAAGGGACUGAAAGAUGUGGACCAGAUCAAUAUGGACAGCACCAGCUCAUUGCAUGGCAGUAGCAUCCACCGACCCUCCACUGAGCAAACCCGGACAGAUUUCUCCUGGGAUGGUAUUAAUCUGUCCAUGGAAGACACAACCUCCAUUCUCCCCAAGCUGAAGCGGAACUCCAAUGCUUAUGGAAUUGGGGCUCUGGCUAAGUCAUCUUUCUCUGGGAUAUCCCGCAGCAUGAAGGAUCACGUCACGAAGCCAACGGCUAUGGGACAGGGUCGUGUAGCUCACAUGAUUGAGUGGCAAGGGUGGGACAAAGGUAACAGCCAGCAACAGCAGCAUACACAUGAAGCGGUGCGCAAGGAUGCUGAUGCCUACUCAGACCUGAGUGACGGCGAGAAGGAGGCCCGAUUCCUUGCAGGGGUGAUGGAGCAGUUUGCCAUCUCUGAGGCCACUCUCAUGGCCUGGUCCUCCAUGGAUGGUGAGGAUGUGAGUGUCAACUCCAACCAGGAGAACCCAGCAAGCAACUACAGUGAGAACUACCAGGAGCUGAUGGAGAACCAGGAUCACAUGGCCCAGACACAGUAUGACAGCUGGCCUCACUCCUAUGUCUCUCAGGGCAUGUAUUGCCUGGGCUCCUCUGAUGCGUGGGAGACCAGCGACCAGUCCCUCAUUGCUUCCCCGGCUACCGGCUCCUACCUAGGCCAGAACUUUGAGGAGACCCAGUCCAACCUGCAGGAGAGCACAUUGAUUCAGAGUAGCCUCAUCCAGCAGCAUCAGAUGCAGCAGCAGCAACCACAGGCCCUGCUCCAGAACCCAGGGCUCGUUGACAUGUGGCCCCCUCAGACUACCGCAGGGGGUGGCGGUGGGGCUGAAUCCAGCACAUACAUGGGGGUGCAUACAGAGGAGGAAGGGAACCCACUACUGGAGAAGGCCCCGCUGCUAAACAAGAAGACCUCUCCAGAGGAGGACGAUGCUGUAUGCCGGGACCUGGAGUCACUGUCACCUCGGGAGGAGCUGGAACAUGCCGCACUCAGCCGCAAGGUCUCGGAUGUCACCUCGUCCGGGGUGCAGUCCUUUGAUGAGGAGGAGGGGGAAGCAAACAAUUGA